CCCCAUUCGUGUACCUUGUACACAUUCAUACCUACAUAUAGGUACCUACUUCAUAAUGAGCAUAUUUCUAGACUUCGAUGGCACGAUCACGGUGAAAGACACCGUAGGCGAACUUGCCAACUUCGCUCUGCGCGUCAGGGCAGACGAGGGCCAGGACCUGCAGAAGGAGUGGGAUGCCGUCGUCAACGCUUACGUCGACGACCACAGCGCUCACGUGGACGGGUACCAUCCCCAGCCGCACGCGCGCAGUUUGCCCGCUCAGGAGGUGGAGUUUUUGCGGCAUAUGAAGACGGUUGAGACGCGCUCGCUUGGCCGCAUUAACGACUGUCGCCUCUUUAGGGGGAUCAGUCCGACUGUUUUCCGCGAGGCUGGCCGGGACUUAGUUGGCAAGGGCACGAUUACGCUCCGGUGUGGGUUUACUCGGUUCGUUCAGGCGAGGCUGAGGCAGGGCUGGCGCGUCUGGGUUCUCUCUGUGAACUGGAGUUCCGCGUUUAUCGAGGGCGCGUGCGGCGAGCUGUCCGGCGUCAAGGUCAUCGCGAACGAUGUGCGCGAAGACGGGUCGGUUGUCGGGCCCCCUAUACUGAACUCGGAGGGUGCUGAUGCUGGUCGUCGUGGGGAGCUGAGGAAUUUGACGAACUCGCAUGAUAAGCUCGAUGCCAUGAAAGCCGUGCUUGAAGCCGAGGGGCUGGUCGGGAAACCGUCGGUCUACUUUGGCGAUUCAACGACUGAUCUAGAGUGUCUGCUCGCUGUUGAUAUGGGGUUCGUGGUCUCGGAUAAAGAAGACUCGUCGCUGUUGAAGACGCUUCGGAGGAUAGGGAAAGAGGUGUCCCAUGUCCGGGAUCAGGGUACGACGAGUAGUCUUGCGUGGACUUCAAAUUAUAAAGAUAUACCGGAUGACAAGUUUGUCCUUAGUUGAGAGAACGAAUGAAUUAAAAAA